AUGCCAAUCACGAUCCUUCCUCCAACCGCAGCGGCGCCCGUGUACGCACGACCCGAGUCUGACGAGGAGAACGAGGCCUUCGACUCCGAUGGUGACGUCGACAUGGAGGGCGCGACCCGCGCCUCAAAGCGGGCCCGCACUUCGCACAAGAGCAUUGUCACCCCCGGAGAGACGGUAACGGAUGAUCCUCAGUGGAUGCGAGGUCACGGUACCUACGUCCCUGACGGCAGCACUGAGAUCAUAUCCACGGUCGCUGGCACGGUCCUCAAGACGAACAAGCUCCUCUCUAUCACUCCCCUCCGCGCGCGCUACAUACCAGAAAUCGGCGACCUCGUCAUUGGUCGCAUUGUUGAGGUUCAGUCCAGGCGUUGGCGUGUCGAUAUUUCGGCCCCGCAGCUUGCAGGUCUGCCUCUGUCUGCUAUCAACCUGCCCGGUGGUAUCCUGCGCAAGAGGACGGCUGUAGACGAGUUGAACAUCAGGACUUUCUUUACGGAGGGAGACCUGCUUGUAGCGGAGGUUCAGACCAUUCACCAGGACGGAGCAGCGUCGCUACACACAAGAAGCUUGAAGUACGGAAAGCUGCGCAACGGAUACUUCUUGUCUGUAUCCGGUACGGGCGGUGGUGGUGGUAGACAAGGUGGCGUAGCUCGGUCAAGGCGCCAGGUUUUCACGCUAAGCACAAGUCGUGGUGGGGAGAUUGACAUUAUUCUGGGUGUCAAUGGCUAUAUUUGGAUUUCAAAGCACGUGGAGCCUCCGAAUGCGGGCAAGGACGUCAGCAUCACCCGUAUAGAGGAGAGCGUGUCGAAGGAAGUCUACUCCAGCCAGAACGAUGAUAUCGCGGUGGAGACAAGAAGAGAGAUUGCCCGUGUCGCCGGAGUGAUACGAGCACUGGUUGAAUCGGGCGUACGCGUCGAUGAAGACACGGUUGUGAAGGGUUACGAGGCCGCCCUGGAGCUCGAGUUCGAGGAAGCCGGUGACGGCAAACAAGGAGCAGAUUACCUUGGAGGCGAACGCGGAAGGAGAGUGGUGGAGAUCGCCCUCAGCAACGCUUGA